UCUCUUAUUCCUCGGCAGCAGUAGCAUGCAUGCGUCGCGUUCGGUUUACGGCAGUCGUUGUUUAUAUUUAAUUGUGAUUGUUACCGGUAGUGUGCCUUCCAUUUAAAGUUUACCGGCCAAUCGAAGAAACAACGUAAUAUUUCUACGAAGAAGAAUAAAUAUUAAAUCGGAAUUUGUCAUUAUUUCUCAUAGAAUAUGGCAAUAAUAUUUCGACAAUUUUCAAUAAUAUUCAAUCUUUAUAAGAAAUACAAGUAGACUAAACUACGAAAAGAAAAGAGGACUACGAAAAGAAGAGGAAGAUAUCAUUGAUAGAUCAUCUGCUAUCGGUUUUAAGAACCAGUGCGUGUGCGUGCGUGUAUUCAGUGUUAAAAAGAUCUUGACAAGAGUCGAAGGAGGACUCAGAGUUCAGAUCAGAUUCCAAGAAGCAAAAAGAAGAGAGGAACGAGAGAAAAAAGAAGUUAGAAAAAUAAAUUCCCUUGAUCUUUGCCCGUAUACGUAAAACAAGAAUGUCGAACGUUUCGGGAAUCUCCAAGGAGGAGACUAUCAUAAAAGGGAAACCUACCCUCGUACGACGAGUUUCCAACAUGUUCAAAGAUGGAAAUUACAGUAGGCCACCGUUACUCUUUAGACACGCUUCGAUGCAGAAACUCCGCCAUUGCUGCCAGAAUCUGAAUCUCUUUCCAUAUCUACUUUAUUCUUACGAUAACUCCAAGUCCCAUCCGGUUGCUAAGAAAGUGAACGUUUGUAUCAGCGAAUUGUUACGAAGCAUCGCCGAAAGAUUUUUCUAUAUUUACAAGUACCUACGGUGUACAUCGUUAUACAGCGAUGAUAACAAAAACAAUAACAACAACAACAACAAGAACAUCAUCGAUCCUAAGAAAAUUUCGAUCGAAUUGAAGAAAGAAAAAAACGAAGAAGUUGACCUUGUCGACGACGAAGAAAGAAAGCCAAUAACUAAAUUCCAAAAACAGGAACGCCAACGGCAAAAGCAAAUUCCGUUCUUCCUAAUUCUCGCCGUUUAUCUUGUACCGUUGAUAUUAGCCUUUGAAAUGAUAGUAGUUUGUUCUUUAUUGAUAUUUGACAAGUACACGCCGGGUUUCGUCUUCCUCGUAAGCGCCGUUAUGUUCUUAGCUUGUAUCGCCUUUAGAAUUUUCUUUUACGAAUGUAAAGCUGAGAAAUCUCCAUGCAAUGGAGUUAAUAAUAGAUAUUCUAGGGUCACAAAAAAAACGAAGGUUCAGUGAUCCAUUUUUGAUGAUAAGAGGAUCCAUAUCUCGAUAUCAUCCUCAUUGUCGUCGUCGUCAUCGUCAUUGUCGUUAUUAUUAUUAUCAUCAUUUUUAUCAUCAUCAUGUAAGGCUAAAACCUUCGUCAGACAAAGAAAUAGUUGAAAUAUAUCAACGAUGAGAGACUCUCGAAGGUCUUGGCCAUUUUUGGCUAAAACGAAGCUUCAACGGUCGAUUGCGGUACAGAGAAAGAAAGAGAAACACGCAUAAAAUAGAUAGAUAGAUAGGUAGAUAGAUAAGUAGAUAUAAAUAGAUAAACAAUAUAAGCCGUUGCUCUCUACGAGAGAAUAAGUGAGCUUCUUACACUCGUAUCGAAAUGUUCCUCACUAACUUUCACUGACACGUACUUCCGCAUUUCGCCCGUUCUUCUUUUCCUCUUUUUUUUUUUUUUUCUUUUUUGUAUUCUUCCUUUAUAUACGAUAUAUGUAAAUAUAUGUGUAUACAUAAUUUUAAUAAUUUUUUUUUCUAUAGUUAUUGUCUCUUUUUAAAAUCGUAGGGCGCGUACAAAAUACGGAAACGGUAUCCAUUUUUUCUCUUUUUUUCUUCUUCCUCUUCUUAUAUUUUAGAUGAUAUGGCUCUGCUACACGUACAACCGUUGUGCAUCGUUAGAGGAUAGGUCGUUGUUAUACAUUUAUUAUAUAUAUAUAUAUAUAUAUAUAUAAUAUACAUAUAUAUAUAUUAUUUAUAUAUAUAAUAUGUAUAUAUAUAUAUAUAAUUAUAUAUAUAAUAUAAUAUGUAUAUAUGUAUGUAUAUAUAUUUAUACAAUGCAAUUGUGACUUCGUUAGAUUAAAAUUCAACGACGGAAUUUUUGAUGAAUUUAAACAAAUCGUCGCGUAAUAUAUUGCCGAUUGAUUUUUUUAUUUUAAUUUUUGUGAAGCCAUACAUAUAAUCUUGCCCUAUCCCUUAGUGUUACAAAACAUUCGUUCAUCUUUAUUAUUACAUUGAUUACGAUCUAUUUAAUCCUCUAUGCAGCAUAAGACUGACAAUUGUUUUAAAAUAUAAUGUUUAUGUAAAUAUUUGCGUGAAAUUGGAGGAAAGAAAAAUAUGGUAAUGUUUGAGAAAAGGUAAAAUAAGAUAGAUUUAUAUCCUAAGGAAUUACUGAAUCAUGUUCUUUAAAUAGAAUUUAUUUGGUAUAUAUAUAUAUAUAUAAGGAUCCACAGAAAGUUUUGAGCAUGCAAGACCGGAGAAGAUUGACUAUGGAACUGUGAUGGAUGCGAUUGUAAGAUUAUAUUUGAUUGGCGCUCGUAGUAGCAUUUAAUUAAAUAUAAUAAAAAUAGAUUUUAUUAUAUAUAUGUGUAUAUAUAUAUAUAUAUAUUACAUAUAUACAUAUAUAUAUAGAUAUGUGGAUGUCUACAUAUACAUAUGUGUAUGUAUAUAUAUGUAUAUAUAUAUAUAUAUAUAUAUAUAUAUAUCUAUGUAUACAUCCACACACAUAUAGGCGUAUACAAUAAACUUCUUUUUAAAUAUACCAUUUUCUGUUAUCGCAGUUUUCAUUGCUUAGUUAAAAGUUAAAAAAAGAAAAAAAAGAAAAAAGAAAGAAAGAAAAGAAGGAAGAAAAAAAUAAAGAAAAAGAUAGUAAAUGAAUUCAUGAAAAAUACUGCAGGGUUUACCUUUUAUCGCCUAUCUUUGUUUUUUCUAUGUCAUUGAAAUAGUAGUUAUCUAUGUACGGUAAAAAUAGUAAUAGUAAGCAACGUAAAAGUAAGUAGAAGUAAACAGAAAUAGAAAAAAAUAUUAGAUAUUGCAUUUUGUCCGCUACCACUCGUAUAAUAAUUUCCAAGAUCAGCAGCAUAUAUUAUCACAUGGGCAACAUAAUUCUGCUCGUGUACGCUAUGGAAAAGAUGGGCCGAUGGACCUAUUAACGACAUAAACGUUCGCAAUAAUAAAGUGAAUUAAUAAGCGGA